AUGACUCUAACUGGCCCGCGCCCUCCAGGACCUGUUCAAGCUCUGCCAUGGCGCUUGGGGUCACAGGUGCGUGGGGUCCAUGCAUAUGUCCCUGUGGUCAUGCAGACAUGUGCCGGACCUCGUCGCAUAGAGCCAGUGGUGGUGGUGCAGCGACAAUUUUCUGCACCUUGCCUGGUACACAAGUCCUCGCUGACGGCUCCGGCCACUCCCGUUCCAGGCGACCCAGCGCUCGCCAAAGCGCGGGCCCCAGAGCGGGCCCCAGAGCGGGCCCCAGCGCGGGGCCCAGCGCUCGUCCCAACGCCAGCCCCAGCGCAAGCCGCAGCGCGAGUCUCGGUGCGACCAGCCGCUUGCACCCUGCGAGCAGCUGCAACUGGCACAGAGGCUGCUGCGGCUUCUCUGUUACUUCCCGCGGAGCCACUGCCCACCUGGGCCGCCCCGGCGACCCCCCCUCAGAGCUCUCAACGUGCCCCCCUCCAAGAGAAACUGGUAGAGGGCCACAAGAUGGGCACUGACAGCGAGACAGCCCCUGCCGACACGGGUAGUGAGAGGGAGCUCUUUCACUCCAAUGGCGUCGCCUCUGAAUCUGACGAGUGUGUGUCGGGCAUUUCCGUCAAGAUGGAGGAGGAUUCCAGCCAGAUGCGCGCAAAACUCGAAGCAACCCGGAAUGAGCUGGUGGAGAAAAUGUCUGAGCUCAUGAAGCUAGAGGCCAACCUCUCCGUGGUGCUGGGCGAAAAGCCAACUGCUUGGAGUUGUGGUCCUGAUGGAUCCAAGUUGUUGGACCCCACCACCCACUUGACAUCCUUGAGUGCUCAGUCGUCUGUCGACAUGCAGGACCGUUCCAUUGGAGUGGUGGCCGAGGAGUAUGAAGGUGAGAGCCCUGAAAGCGUUGAAGCGCCCAUGCGGGCGCAGAGCCGCCAAACCAGAGCAGUCGCAACCACAACUGACGACCUCGGAGCGUCCGAUGAGAAUGUAAAGGACUUGAGCAUAAGCCAGCUGUCGAGUUCCCCAGACACCAAGAAGGACCGAAGCGACAAGAGUGACACGGCCAGGAGCGUGCCGAGCCGCGCUGGUUCCGGCGGUUCGGGUUCCGGCCGGGUCUCUGCGUUGCUCAAUGCGCCGCCUGUGUCGGCCCGCCUGUCGCAGCGCAGGAAGGAAUCCAAGGAGCGAAGUGCAGAAUGCAGAGAAAGCACAGAAAGCACAGAAAGCACAGAGAGCACAGCAACCAGAAAUGCUUCUGGCAUGCCCCCGCGCUCUGCGCGGUCCGGGCGCUCCGCGCGCUCUGCCUCCGCUUCGAUGGCCUCCAAGCUGCGAAGGAGCUCGUCGGCUCGGGAGCUCACAGGAGGUGGCAGCGGACUGUUGGCAGCAGAUGUUGCGAGGUUGGUGGCUUCGCCAGAGAUUGGUACUUUGAAUGACUUCUUGCCACACCCAAUCCCAGAGCCUGAGGUUCUGCGAGAGAAGCACGCAGAGGUGGUGUGUGCUAGCUGCGGCUUCGAGUAUUUGGCAAGUGCAAGCUUUUGCCACAACUGUGGUCACAAGCGUGCGAAGGCAAACGAUGCUGCGCCUCAGCAGGUCGAGAAGGAACGCUUGCGACGUGCAUCCAGCGAAGCCAAGUUGCGAGGUGUACGCCGUCAAGAUGCACCUCGUGAAAGCUUUCAUCGGAGAGCUGAGCCCACCCGUGAGCUGCAAGCCUUCUCCAACCUCUCCAGCGACAGGAGGAGCACUGGCAGCCGCAUGCUUUCAAGCCAGCAGUUGACAUGCAACGAACAGCCGCGACAGUCACCCAGCCCGCAACGUUUGAGGCCUACAACGCCUCAGCGAGGGGCUGUGGGGGCUGUGGCACGGUCUGCCGGCUCUGCAGGCCAUGGCACGUGGCACAGCCCAGGCCACGGAGCAUUCCAGGGCGAGAGCGGCGAGAGGCCAGAGAGAGUGCAGGCUCCAGGGUCCAGGAUCAAUGUCAGCCUCUCCUAUCAACUCAUUGAACGCAGUGGAUGCAUUCAGUCCACGGGGCUGAGUGAAGCCUUGGCUCGUAGCCAUGAGUCGGCGCCUCGACAUGCCUCGGCAAAUCGCGGCAUGCCUCUGCUGCCUCUGCAUGUCUCGGAACAUCUGUCUCUGGCAGCCACAGUUCCUCCCAAUUCCCGAGGCAACGAGGCUGCCGAGGCUGUGGACGGCCUGGAUGUCUUCCGAAAGCUGGAGAGCAACGACUUCCAGGUGGAGGUUCGGCCCGCACCGGGCCAGAAGCGGCCGAGAGACAGCGACGAGGUGGAGAUCAUUGAGGCCAGGGCUGCGCCACAGGAUCUGAACUUCGAAGCGCCUGAUGUCUCGGACGAGGAGGAUAACGUGAGGCUAGUCCUUUGUGACGCAGGGCCGCGUAGCGGGGGCAUGGCGUACUAUCUGGGCCGGCAGUGGGAGCGCGGAGCGGUCCACGGUGAGGGCACCAUCGACGGAGAUCCCGAUGCAGCGCAGAGCGCAGCGCUGGCUUUAGUGGCUCCGGAUAACCAGGCCGAGCUGGUCGAACAAGAUGAGGACCUGGAGUCCACGGUGGCCAAGAUCUCUUUCCAGAUGGACGAGGCCGAGCUGGCCGACACACCGUGGCGCCGAGCUGGCACCAAUCUGUCCGACUUCUUCAACUUCGGCAUGAGCGAAGAUGAGUUCAAGGAGUAUGUGAUGCGCCGUGGGGUCCGGGUGCGGCUGGAGGCAAAGGGCCGGCGGAAGAUUGAGCGUCUGGAAGGAGGGCGCCGGCGGGACUGA